GAGAAAGCUCGUUAAUGAGAUAUAUUUAAUGCCAUUGAACAUCGAAUUCGAUCAUCACAAUCGAUCUGGACGAGAACAGUUCGUGUAUCGUGGUUCAUAGACGACAUCUUUUUCUUUUAUCAAUUUUUUGAUUUGUGUUUAAAAUCAUCUUUACCCGUGAUUAUUGGUUCUAUAUUCUGUUGAUUUUUUUGUUUUAUAUUCUGUUUCAUCAAUAAUCGAAAUAAAUAAUGGCUACAUCAGAUUUUGAAUCACAACUACGACAAUUGGUUGCACAAUCUAAACCAUAUGUUGGUAAAGAAAUUGCUGAAUUAGAAAGUAAUGUCAUUCAAGGUUGGCUACAAGAAGAACAGAAAAAAGUGAAUAAAUUGUAUCAACAAAUUGAUCGUAUUUGUCGUUUACAUGGUUCAUCAUUGCCAGCAAAAUUAUUCAAUGAAUCACGUGAUACAGUGGAAAAAUUGGAAGAAUAUAUUUUCAAACUUAAAGAUGCACUUUAUGAUUUGAAAUUUGUUGGUGGUUGUCAACGUUAAAUAUUCCAUUGGAUGGCUUCAAUUGGACCGAACAAAUGACCUUGUACCCCCCUUUUUGGAUUAUUGGAUUAUCUCGAUACACCAACACACCCACACACAUACACAAAUGAAAAAUAUGUCUAUGAAAUUUAAAAUGAAUUUUUAAGAAAAAUUUUUUUUUUUUUUUUUUUGAAACAAUAGAAUAGACAAAUCUUGUACACACACACACACUCGCAGUUAAUGGGUUAGCCUAAUUCACGAAGGUCAAUAUCAUAUAUGAUCAAAUGAUACAUUGUAAAUCUUUUUUUUAACAAAAAAAAAAUGAAUAAAAUUUGUACAAAAAAAAUUGCUUAAAUUUUUUUUUCAGGAUUGCCGUUUUUUUGUGAAAUUACAACAAUUAAAGAUUUCGAAAUUUCAAUUUGAAA